CGAAAGAAAUGUUGAUGUACAGUAUGUAGUAUUUCAUUUCUCUCUUUGAAAUACUAGGAUUCGCCACUGAUCCAGCAGAACAGAUAAACAUAUGUUCCUGAUGCCAGACUGAUGCAGCUCUGUCUGACAGAGAACAUUGUCCUCUAAAUUAAAGUGUAUUCUCUCUACAUGUCAGGCAUUUUUAGGUUGACAAGCCCUAUUGUAACAGUUGCCAACUGUUUUCCCCCGGUGCAUGUGUGUUUAGAUAAGAGAGAGUUCACAUUGUUAAUAUAACUCUACAUUACGGCACCCUAAUGUCAGGAGACAUGACUUGGCAGAGAAAUGUGUGGCUCAAUUAGUCGGCUCAGAUGGAAAUGGAACCCUUUGAGUCACCAGCUUUUAAUUAAUGCCGUGAAAUAACGAAACUGACAGCAGCACGUAUAAUCCUAUGGAGGUGCGCGCAGAUCAGCGGGAGGGAUUGGUGCUCAUUAACUGUGAAGACGUUUCAUUAACCCUGACAGACUGCCGAUACACUGACACUAUUUUAUAUGAUGUAGCAGCAGGUGAGGAGGCGGCGGAUGUUGUGUGAUUCGUGCGAUCGUCACUCCGUCAGACCCCUCCGCUUUGUUCAGGGCGGCGUGGCUGGAAGCCUGCGGUCACGACACCCUCACCGCUCGGAAAAUGUUACCGAAAGUCACGUCGUGUCAUGAUUAAAGACUGACUAAUCAGACUCACAGUCCCGCGGUGGGGAAAAAGGUCAGAGGGUCUCAAACCGAGAACGCUCCUAGGGGAAGAUGUGAGGCUGAAUUCAAGUUCGAUGAGCUGGAUCAACGAGGAAAUUAUAAAUAAACAGCAACAAAAUGGAGUGCGACGGAAAAACAGAGUGCAUUUUGUGACAGGGAGAAAAUAAAAGCAUGUUAUUGAUGGUCUUCAGCACACCGUUGAUGUGGCGAGAAAGAUGUUAACUUGUUUUUAUUUCCCGAUUUUUGCCACGCUGGCUCGUGUAAAGGUGAAAAACAGGCAUGUUAAGUUCUUGAUAUUAUUAUUUCAACAGAAUUACAUCCAACCUGACAUGAUUUUGUAGCUAAUUUCCCAACUUUUGGCUGAUAAACCCUCAAAUAAUGUGAGACACAGGGAUUUGUUUUUGGAUCCCUAGUGCCGACAUUACCCACAAUGCAACCUGACCGCUGGUAGCUACUCCGAGUUCCAGUUAGGCUAUCACAAAAGUCCGAUGUUCGUAGCUGGGAAAUGCAUCAUGCCCGAGUUGAGUGUUUUCAAGAUGGAUGCCUCCAGAAAUUGUUAGUUAGCUAUUGCUAGCAGUAGCUAACUAACAGUACAUUACGUGGUGUACAAACACCUUAGCAACAUGCCCACAGAAAGUUCUAGGACAGUACUAUGUGUACAAUUUGGACCAUGCUAUGGACUAUGGACCAUGUACUUGUAGCAUACUAGAAAGUGUACUAAUUUAAUACGUCUUCGGACUAAAUUGGAACAUUUUAAGUUUAAGUUAUAGUAUACUAAAGUACAAGUAUAAGCUUUAGUAUUAAAGUAUAAGUGUAAGUCGAAGUAUUAAUGUACUAAGUUUAAUGUGAAGACUAUUCUUCAAUUCUUUUUUCAAAACGAAAGGAAAACGAAAGGAAAUAUAAAAUAUAGUAUAUAAAAAGUACACUUCAAGUAUACUGCCUCAGAUACUAGUACUUGUAGUACACUUGGAUAAACUACUUUUUGCUAAGGGUACACUUGCUAUCCAUGCACAGUGCAGCCAUUUUGGAUUUUGAGGUCGGGGCUGUUGAGGUUCUUUCUGCUUUCCGAGCCAGACACCUGAUUUAAGGCGGCAUUCUGCUUGAAAUUUCCCACUUUACCCUUAAAAAUUCACACUACCAAGUUCAGACUCUCCCUCCCUGAAGCAACAAAAGGUCUAUGCAGCUUAGUUCACAAGUGCGGUAGAAAGUCCCCAAGACCUACAAAACGGGCUCUCGUGUGUAAAACCAGCAAAGCAAGUGGUCCAAAAACUCAACUGGGCAGCUCGAGUCCGUGACCUGUCCGCCUCUUUUCACGUCACGCUUUGAGUCACUUCAAAAGUCAAAGUGUCCUCUUCAGACACGAUUGAGUGGGAUGAUACAAACGGAAACUACAAGUUAAUGUGCUCAGACCACAAGCACUAACGUCGGGUUAUUUGUUUGCGGGUCUGACAUUUAGAUGUUCUUCCUCUGACUCAAGGUGAAGGCGGUGGGGUGUCGGACUGGUCAGCCACCUUAUUAACAUUUGAGUCACAUUGUGUCAUUAGCAACGCCGCGCAGCAUGGAGGCCCCAUGUUGUGUUUCGGGACUACUGCGGGAGGGGGGGGCUGGUGCGGGCUAAUCACGACCAACACAUGUGAAGUCACAUGUUACCACGAAAACAUUACACUUUAUUGCUUUGCGUCUGAUAUUACAUGUUUCAAGUGGCGCGCCAGUCAACUCGAAGAGUCAGAUCUUGGGAGGUUUUUUUGGUCACGUCGCCGCGGCUGACGAUGACCUUUUAGUCAUCCAGUCAACCACACGCCUCCUUCUGUUUCUCACCCCUCCGCCAAUCACAUCCUUUUCUUGGCUCUGAGGAUGAGGAGGAUCUGAAGAUGAAGGGGCCUAUUUAUCAGCUCACCGCGUCCUACGCAAAAACAGUGAUGCGCUGACUGUCAACCGUGAUUGGCCGGCAGUUUCGUUUUACUUCAGAGCAUCGUCGUCAGAUUUUUUUUUUUAAAACAAUAGGACAGCCGGCUCAGGGUAAGAGUUGGAUUCCUUGUGUUCGCUGUUUGAGGUGGAGAUGCUUCGCCCCCAGGUGCAGGUACUCCUUGUGGCUUUGUUUUCCUCGGUGCUGCUGGUGCGGGUCAGCAGCGCUCCACGCAGAGACAUGCUGACGGAAACACUGAGAGCAGACCUCGCUAACGACAAGGAUCUCGCUCACUUGCUCUUGCUGAAAUUUGUGUCCGAACUUCUGAGAGGAGACGAGAUGCUCCCCGAGCUGCAGGGCGAGGAGAUAGGAGUCAGGGAGGAGGUGAUGCGGCGGCACCUUCCGGUCGCCCAAAGAGAGCGCAAGGCGGGCUGCCGCAACUUCUUCUGGAAGACGUUCACCUCUUGCUAACGCAAGACGAAAGCCGGUCGAGAUGUUUUUACCCGUACGCUUUGAACAAAUUCAUUUGCGAUUGCUCGGUUUGUUUAAACUGGAUCAUUUCUCUGAUGGUGACAAAUAUGCAGUUGUUUUGGGAAUUGUAAACAGCGAUGAGGAUGUAUGUUUUGAGACUGGCAGGGAUGUACACACUUUGUAAAUAAAAUUGUGUGAUUUAAAAGAG